UCUCGCCAUGCAUUUCCUGCCUUGAGUGUGAGGAUCAUAUUCAUAUUGCAGCUAGCGUACUGCACUGAUCGAUUUGCUCUAGCUAGCUCGUCGUUAGCCACCCAUGGCUGCUUCUCCUGCUUCCACUGCCGCCGCCGUCGUGAAUGCGCCGGCGGCCACCGGCGGGCUGCUGCUGCCGCGGGGGAGGAGUAGUUGGAGUUGGAGUUGCUGCAACAAUAACAAUUCUUCGAUGGGGAGGAGGUGGCGGGCGGCGGCGGUGGGGGAGGUGGCGGCGGAGGGGAACACGUACCUGAUCGCGGGGGCGGUGGCGGUGGCGCUGGUGGGGACGGCGUUCCCGAUACUGUUCUCGCGGAAGGACACGUGCCCGGAGUGCGACGGCGCCGGGUUCGUGCGCAAGGGCGGCGCCACGCUGCGCGCCAACGCCGCCCGGAAGGACCUCCCCCAGAUCGUCUGCCCCAACUGCAACGGCCUCGGCAAGCUCGGCCAGAUCGACAAGUAAUCAUCCAUCUCUACCUACCUGCUUCAUCGACGAUCCAUCCAUCCAUCCAUCAUCAUCCAGCUGCCAGCUUCUGAUCAUCUGAUCACUAUAUACAUGUGUGUAUCUCACCAUCUGUGUGCGUCGUCUAUAUAACUAUAUACUAUAAUCGUUAGUUUGGAACGCUGGAAUAAUUCCAUAUAUAUGGUCUAAUUCCAGUGUUCCAAGCCGGCUAUAUAUCAAUCGCUACUUAAAUUCAAUGUACUUGUGUUGCUGAGCUACUUUGUCUCUGAUAUACAUAUUCAUUGUCUCUCGCUGCUCUUCCGUUUAAUGGAACAAUAUUAACAUGUUCUUACUACUCA